AAGCACUAUAAUUGACUAAAUUUGAAAUGUUUACGCCCCUGAGUUAUGCAAGUAUAAAACAACAACCUAAAAUGUGUCACACGGGAAGGAACACCGACCGAGCAACACGUUUGUUAUAAGAAGAGCUUUUUAAAAACAGUGACGUAACACUGGAGGGAAAAGAAGAAAUGAAAUCCUUCUACAUUUUACCACUUUUAGCAUUCUUGUUCAGUUGCCAUGUGCACUUCUGUGGGUCCCUCUCGGGUUUGGUAUAUGCUUCAAAUCCAGUUUCCCCUCCAGUGAGCAGUAAUUCCCUUCGAGCGGUGUGUAGAAUGCGCCCUAACACUCAGUUGAAACCUGAAAUGCCCUGUGUGUACGGUCAUGUUUUUUUCAAACAGUCUGGUCCAAAGGAAAAGCUGAGCGUGACUUUCAGACUGCAUGGUCUCCCUGUCUACAGCCAGCAGCCCAGAGCAAUGCACAUUCAUGAGUACGGAGACUUAAGCAAAGGCUGUGGAUCUACAGGUGGGCAUUACAAUCCCCUCGGCGUGAACCAUCCACAACAUCCAGGGGACUUUGGGAACUUUGUUCCUGUUAAUGGGAAGAUUCGUCUAUCAAUGAACUCCAGUGCAACACUCUUUGGGAGACUUUCAAUUCUUGGCCGGUCUGUUGUGAUUCAUGAGGGAGAGGAUGAUUUAGGCAGAGGUGGGAACGUGGGAAGCUUGCUGAAUGGCAAUGCUGGAGGGCGGUUGGCAUGCUGUGUUAUUGGACUGGCAAACCCCCAAAAUUAGCAUAUACAAAUUACAUAUACUUUUUUUUCUUUGAGUAUUUAUCAGCUGAAUAACUGAUGCUUUUAAAUGGAAUUAUAGAUUAACAUUGCUCAAAAUCUCUGGUUCUUUUUAUCUACAACACUAAAUGACAAUUAAAGUGAGUAAACUGGCUUGUAAAUGUGUCUACAUUCUAAUGUCUUCAGUUUAUUUGAUCUAUAAACCGAUUCUAAAUCCUUAAAUUAAAUGCUGGAAGCUAUGCCUGUUUACAGUCAAA